AUGGGCGUGAAGCUCUCAGUCGCGGUCGAAAGUGCGGAGUUUGGACACGCGUACGAUGACUACGUUUGUCGAGCGACAAUCCGUCUUGUUACCAGUUGGCCUAUCAUGGACACGAAGAUCUCAGACAACACCCUCGUCCGCAUGGCAGGUGGCACCGUAAUGCUGGACGCAGAUCGUGUUUGGAGGCCUCGUGUGAUGGUGUCGGGGGCGCGCCACAUGAAGCUCUUCUCUAGACGGCUCGAACUACAAUCCUUUGGUAAAUCUAGCCCUCCGCAUCGGUCCUUAAUGCAGAAGGGUGACGCUGAUUAUGGAUCAGGCGGUGAAGUAUCUGCCCAGGGUCCCCAAUCCAAUCUCUCAAUAAACCUCUGCUUCAACCCGACUGCACUGGUUCUUCGUGCCGCCCUUCCGGCUCUCCUCUUCACUUUCCUCUCAUUCAUUCUCCUUUGGUCUCUGCCAUGCGGUCCUCAGAUUAUCUCAAUCACCCAGGGCGGCCUGGUUCUUCUUUGCCUAGCUACAUGGACCCAUUUCUCUGUCGCCAUUCCCACUCACUUCAGCUUGGUUGACGCCUGGUUCAUUCUCUGUCUUGCCUUCAUCAGCAUGACUUUCCUUUUCACACUCUACGAGCACCGCCGCCUCGAUCGACUGGCCAAAACUCGGCAGAUUCAACAACAGAGGCGUAUCUACUCUGCUUUAAGUGCUACGGCACUGUGUGUGCCCAAAAUGCCCCCCUGUGGAGCAGCUGGGGGAGGAGGGGGUGGCGGAAGCGGGGGUUCAACAUGCGGAUGUGGGGGUUGCAGCUGUGCCGGAGGAUUUUGUGGCGCCGGUGGUGGAUUCCUGGGCAUCGGGAAUGGGCAGACCAGUCAGAUGGGCAGUGGUGGCUCGCCUCCCCCGCUAGGUCUAAUGCAUCAGGCAUCCCCGGUCGUGAUGCCAACGAAGUUGGAUAUCUGCAACGAGGCUUACUUUCGGUCGGUGAGUUCGGAACUGAGUAAGGAUUCCUCGGCGAUCAUGAGCCUGGGCACCGCCCUUCGACUGCGCUGUGCUAAGAACGGAGGUCUCGGUGUUUUUGAGCCCAACGACUCCAAUCUUGGACUAAUUAAAAGCCAGUACGCCUUGGGUUCCACACCCAGUACGCAUCCCGCACCGAGUGGUAGCUUUCUGCAGCCCUUGGGACCAAUCGCACCUAGCUAUUGUACCACGGUCGUUGCAGUUGCCCUGCCGAUUCUCUACAUUCUUGCAAUCAUCAUAUUCUGGGGAUUUUUCGGAGCCCAAGGAACUGUGCCCAAGGAUUGUCUGGUUGGCAGUGUAACCUGCCAGGCCUUAGAUAGGAGUUAA